AGAAUAAGCUCGAAUUCUAAAAUGGCAUCCCCUAAAAAGCUCAUGGGCAAGGCAGCUCAAAGCCUCGCCAUUGUGUCCGCCGGGUUCUGUCGAGGAGCGCCCAAAGCUGGCACCGACGCCGGCCCAUCAGCGAUUCUAGAUUCUGGUCUAUUCGCUCAACUCCAAAGACAUUUUACCCGCGUUCAACUCGACAAUGACAAGCUCGACGGCGCAGACCUCCCUCAGACCCGCGAUCCCGACUUCGCGGGGAUGAAGAAUCCUCGGGCUGUCAGCGCCGCGACAAAGUAUACCAGCGAACGGGCUUACAAUCACUCUCGCAAUGGUAGCCUUGUUCUGACUCUUGGAGGAGACCACUCCAAUGCCAUUGGAAGUCUCACGGGUGCUAGCAAAGGGCUCCGGGAGAGAACGGGCUCGGAUUUUGCUGUCAUCUGUGUCGAUGCGCACGUAUCUAUCAACACGCCCGAAACAAGCCCCAGUGGGAAUAUUAACGGGAUGCCGCUUGCGUUUGCAACGGGGAUUGCAAAGACGAAGGGAGAUGGGAUCUUUAACUGGAUACAGAAGGAACAUCAGGUUGACGUCAAGCGGCUGGUUUACGUCGGAACUCGCGACGUUGAUGAUGCCGAAAAAGAAACCAUCAAGGCCCAUGGGAUCAAGGUUUUCGAUAUGGAAAGAAUUAGAAGAAAUGGCAUUGAAAAUGUCAUGGACGAAGUUUUGGACUACGUCGGCUCCUCCGUUCCGAUUCAUCUGUCUUGCGACAUCGAUGCGUUGGACCCGGAAUGGGGGCCCAGUGCGGGACACCUCGUCCCUGAUGGACUGGCCCUGGAAGAAGGGCAGUAUAUUGCUCGUCGAGUGAGCGCGACGAACCGCCUGGCUGCUAUGGAUCUGGUCGAGGUUAAUCCCUCCAUCAAUCUGCCUGGGGUUCAGAGGACGGUGGAUUCUGCGUGCGCCUUGAUAAAAAGCGCCUUUGGUAUUAGUGAUCAGUGAGCGUUCACUAAUAAAACCGGCCCAGUAGAAACAGAUUUUAGUUUGUCUGGGAUGUGUCGGUUUGAAUGAUCCCAGCCUAUACAAGAACCGUC